AUGGCGCCUAAUGAAUCUGAUGACGUUUUCGAAAAUUUUACUUAUGGAAUGAUUAAAAUUCAUGAUACACUUCGAGCGGGGAUGGUUCAAAUUUUAGAGAAUGCUCCAAAAGUACCCACCUCUGAUGUUGAAAAUUUUAUAGGAUACAUCGAAACAUUCAAUUCUCUUUUCAUGAGUCAUCAUCAUCACGAGGAACACAUAGUCUUUCCCUCAGUAUCCAAAAAAAUACCUAUCAGCGACUUUGUUGAAGAACACAAACAACUCAAUAAAUUUCUCCAUAGCUUGUCCAACUACACUUCAGAAGUUAAAAAUAAGAAAGCGACUUAUGAACCAUCAAAAAUAGUGGACUUGAUGACGAAAAUAAGUAAACUCAUUCUUCCUCAUUUAAAAAACGAAGAAGUCACCUUUUCAGUUGAAGCUUUGCGAAAAAAUUUUACAGAGCAAGAACUUGAAAAAAUUCAAAAACAAAUCAAAGAUGCAGUUAGAAAAGAUGGCGGGUUAACUACUAUUCUCCCAUUUAUACUCUUACACUUGCCUCAAGAAGAUAGAGAUAUCAUGCUUUAUAGUAAAAUGCCUUGGUUUGUAAAAUCACUUCUUCUUCCUUAUGUAAUUGUCAGAUGGAAUCAAGGAUAUUGGAAAUAUGCAAAAUAUCAACAUCUAUAA